AUGACUGUCAAAUCAUUCCUCCUGCUGCUAGGCGCGGCUUCGGCCUUCGCCAACCAAAUCCCGAUCGGCGUUGGCUCGGUAUGCCUGUCCUCCGCUACUCCUAAUGACUGCUGCACCAGUGGUGCGCCCACUCCCACUGGUGAGGUGACAAUUGAUGACCGCAUCUUCAAGUUCACUUGCGGAUCGGCCUUGCAGUCUCUCAAUCCCAAAACAGCCCAAAAAGUCAGCAAUGCCCACGAGUGUGCAUCACUCUGUGCAGACGACGUGUCCUGUGAAGCAUCAUCUUUCAAGGCACACGGCAAGCCACCCCGCGGAAACAACUGCUUUUUUGUCCUAGGAGACAACCUGGAUCAGAGGUCCGAUGAAGAGUGGAUUACCUUUACGGAGGUAUUUCCAUCCUGUUUGGAGUCGGAUGAUCGUAACGCAUGCUGCUCUAAUCCAGACAAGCAAGAAGACGAGGUUGUUAUUGAUAAUGCCCGUUGGAAAUGGACUUGCAAGACUAUCCUAUCUUCACUGGAUAGGAACAGCAGGCCGGCGGCCAAUGCCCUCGAGUGUGCUUCGCUCUGCGCGUCAGAGGACUGCGAGGCAAUUUCCUUCAGAACACUGGGUGAUCACAAAGCCGGCAACUGCUUCUUCGUCUUUGGCAGCAAUAAAGAUCAGCAGCAGGCAACCAAGUUUAUGUCAAUCGUUAAAAUCGAGGAUAUCGACCCCCCGACUCCCGAACCGCAGUGCGAAAAGUACGUGGAGGAGAAGGAACAGUGCCUUCAGGAUAAGAAGGAGUGCGACAAUAGCAAGGACACCUGCAAAAAUGACCUAGAGCAAGCUAAGCACAACCUCGAAAUAUGUCAAACAAACCAGGUGGCUCCAGCGAAAUUGGCGCAAUGCGAAGCGGACAAGCUGACGGCCCAGAGUGCCGAAGAGGACUGCCGUCGUCACUCUGGUGAAAUUGAAGAGAAGAAAAAAGAAUGUCGUGCGGAGCAACAUAAGUGUGAAUCAGAGAAGGGCGACCUCAGCAUCCAGAAGCAGCAGUGCGAGAACGACAAGAACAAGUUGGCCCUGGAUCUCACCAAUAAAAAUGAUGAGAUCACCGCUCUCAACUCGCAGAUCACAUCGCUCAAAGGCAAGCUAGACGCGCUCCAGCAGUCGUAUGAUGCUCUCAAUGUCAAUUGCAACGGAGAAGGCCCUGAUGGAAAAUGCCGCACAAACCUUUUCGACGCCGAGCCUCGCGACGAUCAAUGCAUUAUCGCCGCUGGAAACGAGAAAUUCAAGAUUCACUAUGCUAAGCCAGACUUGGGUACUGGCAGGGCGAACUCUUUCAAAGACUGCGCUGAGAAGUGCGCCAACUACAAGGGCGCUAAGAAGUGUGUGCGAUUCAUGUGGAAAACAGACGGUAAUGACAGAGCUUGUUACAUGCGGUCGACCGGGCUUGGUACGGUCCCCACCAAGUCGUCGCUAUUCAGUUCUGGGCAGCUUCUGGUUUGA